AUGGCGAACAGGUUCUCGCAAUACUCUAACACCUCCGCAGCUGUGGGUGCAGCGCGGUCAGCAGCACAGCAAUCUACACAGGUCUCUACGACAACUCUCCUAAAUACUCUACAUACCAUCUACACCUCGGGACAAACAUACCAGCUCGAUGCGAGUACCAGCUUGGCUGUAAAUACUUGGCUCACAGCUGCAAAUCCAAACACUGAGCAAAGGGUGGGUGGUACAUUUGACGCUGAGCUCGGUCGGACUGCAUGGGAACAUGCAAGAAGACGUGCUGAGGACGGCUGUAUUGUGCUUGCAUCUCUCCAUGAUUCGACUCCAUCCAUAUUGUCUCCUUUUCUCGGAGCAUUACCACUUUCUACCCCACAGGUCGCCUUCACUGCUCUUGCAGCCCUACGACCUUUUCUGACAUGCGUUACACCACAUAAUCCUGCUACUUCCCGUCAUUCGUCUAUUGCCACUACAUACUCAAUCACACUCACUGGCAGGAUCACUGCAUUGACAAUCUCUCUCUCGCUUUCGGGUAUCGAUGUUGAAAAAGGUCUGGUCAAUAUACCUGCUCAAGCCGGAUAUCGUGCGUUCGAUGCGUUCUAUUACCUGCUCACCUCAGCUUCAACUCCAGCGGAACGCGAGUUCCUUGGCCUCAAGCCAGCCGCGGAAUACUCGCUAUUGAAUAAGUCUGGCACAUACAAUCCGCCAGGCUAUCUUCCUGCGGCAGAUGAUGCCGCAGCAGCCGAAGAUUUCCGCGCAGCCCUAAAGGCCAUUGGUAUUAGGGGUUCCUUGUACCGAGGGUUUCUCUCGGCACUUGCAGGUCUUCUGAAGCUCGGUGAGACCACCAAAUGCUUAGUCAAUGAUGCGUCGCUCGAGGAGAUUUGUGAGGACGUGGGUGGCCUUAUCGGAGUAGAGCCCGAAGUUCUAGCUCAGAAAUGCACAACGACCGACCGAGAGGUCUUCAUAGCUGGGGCUUAUGAGGCUCUUGUCGAUUGGGUCAUCGCCAAAGCCAAUGAAGCCAUAGCCAAUGAGUUGCAUUCUAUGCAAGAAAGUACUUCAGAUGACGACAAUGGAGACAGCGUCAAUAUCACUGUGAUUGAGAUACCAGGAGAAGCCCUUGGAAAAGCCGUAGCUUUACGAGGCGUGUUCGACGAUAAUCUAGGAAUUAACGCAGAGAUGAAGGAAGAUGGUGUUGAAGUUAUCCCGGCUGGACACUCGGUCCUAAAGGAGAUGACAAACGCAGUUGCGGAGGUCGAAGCAGAUCUGGGCAUCAGUGGAGGGCCACUUAGUCGAGAGCGGGAGCAAGACCAUGAUCGUAGGGAGGGUAUCCUUGAAAAAAUUGGAGUGGAAGCUGAGGACGGUGGGUUCUUGAAGACCCUUCUUUAUCCUGUCGAAGGCGAAGGCCUCAAUUUCGGAAAGAAAGGACGAUUUGACCUGCCCGCGGUGCUUGGGAGUAGCAGGGUUUGGUAUCAGCUUUCGCUCCAUCCAACAGAUGAUUCGCCUGCGACCCUGGCAACUCUGGCUUCUACAACAUCAGCAUGGUCAGCGGGCGCCGUUUCUCGUCAGCUCCGAGCUUGGAGGCUUCCGGAAUGGGCUAAUCGCAGGAAUAAGAACCUCGACUUCACUGCCGAUUUUGACGUAGAUGAGUUUCAGGCUAGGUAUUCUCGACUGGGUUGCAAGGAGGGUAAAGAUGGCGUCGAGAGCUUUCUGCUCGAGAGAGGUUGGAGCAACGGCGAGGUCGUCAUCGGCAAAGACAGAAUAUGGAUGCGCGAAGGUGCUUGGUGGGAGGCUGAAUCCAUGCUUGACAUGAAGCCGGUUGAGAACGAGAUAGGUCAGGAUUUUGGCGGGGCGCCGAAUCCUUUCGCGACCGGCUAUUCUGCCAAUACGCCGCAUAAUGGCAGUGGCUUCUUUCCACCCAUGGGCGACGCAGCGAGCAUUCAAGGCAGCCGUGAAAAUCUGUUGGAUGGUCGACAGAGCGCGAUGGGUCACAGUUUGAUGGGUGGUCGUAAGUCUGUUGCGCCGACAAUGGCUCCUACUAUAGCACGAACAGUCCAAACAUCGGGUGGUGACUAUGGUCUUGGAGCCAAAGGUGAUGACAAGCGAGAUGAGGUGAUCUACGAAGAGGACCUCGGCCGCUUUACGGGUGAGCUGGAUCCUGAAUUUGGCGAUCCGAAGAAGAUCCAGCAGAAGACCAUUCCUUUCGGCCGACGAGUUUGGAUCGUGGUUGUCUGGGCAUUGACCUUCUGGAUGCCUUCUUUCGUAUUACGCUUCAUCGGUCGUAUGAAGCGCCCAGAUGUGCGUAUGGCAUGGAGAGAGAAGGUUGUCUUGGUACUUAUCAUCUUCUUGCUGAACGCCACUGUGGUGUUCUACAUCAUUGAGUUCGGCAGACUGUUGUGCCCCAAUUGGGACAAAGCAUGGAAUCAAAGAGAGGUCAGUUAUCACCAGGGCGACGAUGAUUUUUGGGUCAGCAUUCACGGCAAGGUUUAUGAUAUCUCGAAAUUCUGGAAGCUACAGCACAGUGACACCAACGUGGAGACCAAUGCAGCCAACAUGCAGCCGUUUGCUGGAAUGAACCUCGAUGCUUAUUUCGAACCUCCUCUCAGUAGGGCCUGCCCUGGCCUCAACAUUGACGAAAGCGUUUUCAUGCAGCCCAACGAUACGAAUGCUGUGCUGUACCCUCAAGGUCUUCACAGAUCAGGCCCGCGUCUUCAACCUGAUCCAACGACAGCCUUGGCGUCCUGGGAUUGGUACAAUAGAAAGUUCCUUCCCAAGAUCAAGGAGUAUUACAAAGGCGAUCUUGUCAUUGCUACGGAUGAAAUCUACAAACAGGGUCAAGAUGAAGCCAGACAGUGGGUUAUCAUCAGGAAUAACGUUUACGACCUAACGAACUACUUCUACACCCUCAGGCGCAUGGACAACUUCAGGACGUAUGAAUUCUUCCCAACGCAAGUCUCUAAUCUCGUCAGAAACAAUCCUGGCACAGAUAUCACGGAAUCUUUCGGUAGUAGUGCUGCUUUUCAGAACAGUCUCAACUGCAUGAACAACGCCUUCUUUGUCGGAAAGACAGAUUUCCGGAAGACGCCCAGAUGUCAAGUGAACAACUACAUUCUGUUGGCAUUUACCAUCAUUCUUUGUGCUGUCAUCCUGGUUAAAUUCUUGGCGGCGUUGCAGCUGGGCUCCAAACGACGCCCUGCUGCUCAGGACAAGUUCGUCAUUUGCCAGGUCCCCGCCUAUACCGAAGGCGAGGACCAGCUCCGUAAGGGCCUGGAUUCGCUUACAGCUCUACAGUACGACAACAAGAGGAAGCUUAUUUGUGUCAUCUGCGACGGAAUGAUUGUGGGCGGUGGAAACGACAGGCCUACUCCAAAGAUCGUUCUAGAUAUCCUCGGGGUUGACCCCAAGAUCGAUCCUCCGGCGUUGCCGUUCAAAUCCGUGGGCGGUGGAAGUGAACAGCUGAAUUAUGGCAAAGUCUACUCUGGUCUUUACGAAUAUGAAGGCAACGUUGUGCCUUAUCUUGUGGUUGUCAAAGUGGGCAAGGAAUCUGAACAAAGCAAGGCCAAGCCAGGAAAUCGUGGCAAACGAGACUCUCAAAUCCUUCUCAUGCAAUUUCUGAACCGGGUACAUCACCGAGCAGCCAUGUCGCCACUUGAAUUAGAAAUGUUUCACCAGAUCAACAACAUUAUAGGGGUAGACCCUGAGCUGUACGAGUAUCUUUUGAUGGUGGACGCAGAUACCAGUGUAAAGGAAGACUCCUUGAAUCGACUGGUCGCAAGCUGUGCUAACGACGCCAAAAUUGCUGGUAUCUGCGGCGAGACGAGUCUUGAAAACGAAGAACGAAGUUGGUGGACCAUGAUUCAAGUUUACGAGUACUAUAUCUCGCAUCACUUGGCAAAGGCUUUCGAGUCGCUGUUUGGCAGUGUCACUUGUCUGCCUGGAUGUUUCUGCAUGUACCGACUCAGAACAGCCGAUAAAGGUCGACCUCUGGUCAUCUCAGACAAGGUGAUUUCCGAAUAUGCUGACUGCGAGGUCGAUACGCUUCACAAGAAAAAUCUGCUGUCUCUCGGUGAGGAUCGUUACUUGACAACUCUGAUGACCAAACAUUUCCCGGCAAUGUCGUACAAGUUUAUUUCCGAUGCAUAUGCCAGCACUGCCGCUCCAGAAACAUGGUCUGUCCUUCUCUCGCAGCGACGUCGAUGGAUCAAUUCUACAGUCCAUAACCUGGCCGAACUUGUCUUCCUGAAGGACUUGUGCGGCUUCUGUUGUUUCAGUAUGAGAUUCGUGGUCUUCAUUGAUCUUUUCGGUACUAUCAUCCUUCCUGCCACUUGCGUCUACCUAGGAUAUCUCAUCUACAGAGUUGCGACCAAUUCUGGUCAAUUCCCCUUGAUCUCGAUCAUCAUGAUAGCGGCAGUGUAUGGUCUACAGGCCGUUAUCUUCAUCAUCAAGCGACAAUGGCAGCAUAUUGGGUGGAUGAUUAUCUAUAUCCUCGCCUUUCCAAUCUACAGUUUUAUCCUGCCGAUCUACUCCUUCUGGAACCAAGACAAUUUCACGUGGGGUAACACCAGAAUUGUCAUUGGCGAGAAGGGUAACAAGCAGAUCAUUGCUCUGGAGGAUGAAGGUUUCGAUCCCACAACUAUCCCUCUGCAGAGAUGGGACGACUACGCUUUGCAUAACAAUCUUCCUGGCCGCCGUGGCAACCAUGGAGUCUCCCAGGAAAAGUCCUAUCAUGCUGGCUAUGAAGGUGCAGGAGGAAUGGAGAUGGAUGACAUCCAUUCAACCUAUUCCUCAGUCAAGCCUGCAUCAACAAUUCUUACAGGCUUCCCUCAACAACAGCAAGGCCCGUACAUGGCCCCACCACGCGCAUCCACUGUAUACGGCGGUGGUCUACCCCUCAACAGAGCCUCUACCAUGACCGGCCUAACCCAGUAUCACGACCAACCCACCUCUCUAGGAGGCCGCCAAAUGUCCAUGGGAAAUCUAAGCGACCGUCCCUACCAAGACAACCCGACAAGCCCGUACCAAAGUGGCGCAGGCAUGCCCUACAGUGCCAGCCGCCAUAGCCUUCUCGGCAUGCCCACAUCAGACAGCUACAAUAAUAACAACGCGUUCCGCCAAAGCACAGCCAGUCCCGCACCAUUUGGCGCUCAACACCAACAACAGAGAAUGUCUUCGAAUAUAGACUUCCGCUCCGCUGUGGGUGCUGGGCCCGAUGAUGGAGCGAUCGUGGAGGUGAUUCAGAACUGUUUGAGAGAGGUGGAUUUGGAUAAUGUUACGAAGAAACAAGUGCGAGCACUCGUCGAGCAAAGAUUACAGACCGAGUUGACGGGCGAGAAGCGCCUCUUCUUGGAUAGGCAGAUUGACAAUGAGUUGGCGAAUAUGUGA